AAAUAAAAAAUAUGCAUUUUGUUUGUGUUGAUUGUGUAAGCAGCGUCGCUUACCAAGUGACAUAUUAUCAAAGUGUCAAUAAAUAUUGAAGGAAGCAGCACUCGUCAUAAAUCGUCAUAAAUAUUGAAGAAAAACAGCACUAACAUUUAUUUUGUAGGACUAACCAGCACAAGCAAAUGAUAUAUGAAUAAACGUUAGUGCUGAGUUUUACACCCGGAGUCCGCCAGUCUGCUAACGAGACGUCACGACGCGCUCGUCUCCGUGGAGCAGGAAGAGGAACUCUGUUCUGGUUUGUUAUCGUCUGUGUGUGGGGCUGUUCAGAUGCAGCAACAGAGAAGUGACAUUUCUCCGUAUGAUUUGUUUAUUUAGCAAGUAAAUCAGAUAUCACAGCUCUGCUGUACUGUAGGUUCUGAAAGGUCGAGUCUGCGGGUUUUGGAGUCGAGUGUUGAUUGAAUAAAAAUCGAGUCUCCAUGUAUCAUUAAUAAUAAAAGCCGCAAUAAGGAGAAGAUAUAAGCCUGCAACUAAAGUCAGAGAAGAUGGAUUUAAAUAUGUACGUUUCAUUUUUUCAAGGCGAGCUCGGCUCUACCAUCGAGCACGCGGUGAAAGGGACUGUGGACACAGUCUUGUGUGAAAUUGCAAAAGUUGUCGGCGGCAAAUUCACUGAAUUCCGAAUGGAAAUGGCUGGAAAAGAGAAAGAGAAUGAAAGUCUGAAACUGAGAUUGGAAAAUCUGAAGCUGAGAUUGGAGAUAUCAGAGAGCGAGUUGAAAGCAGUGCGGGAAUGCAUGAACGCUGCAGAUGCAGACAUUAAACAACCUCUCAGAAACAUGAACCCCGACUGUCAUGAACAAUACUUUCGUAAUGUGAACCAGGGAUUAUUCAUCAGAGUUAAAGAUAAUAAAGAGAGGCAGGGUUUCACUGAAGAAGAUGAGGAGCCAAAGGUAGAAGCUGUUUAUGCACGACAGGAACUCUUUGACCAUGAACAGUGCGCAAGUUUAAUGCAGCUAAUAGAGCAGACGUCCUUGCAAGGUAAAGAAGCCCCAAGACCUGAGUCUGUCCACAUUAAAGAGGAGGCAACUGAACUGGAGCCCGUCCACAUUACAGGGGAAGUUUCUAAAGAAACUAAAGUCAAUAUGCUAGAGGAGAAUAUAGUUAAGCUGGGAUCUAGCCAUUGUGAGGAUUGGCCUCCUGAAAUGGUCCACAUGAAACACAAUCAGUCUAGUGUUGGAGAAGAGGGCACUGUGCUGGGGUCCAUUCAGAGGAAACAUCACACCCCAGAAGAUGGAAAGGAGGAAGGAGCAAUGCCAUGCACUAGCAGCACAACAUCAGAUAUAGGAAGACACAACUCCACUCCUGAACCCCAGGGAAAAAUGCAGUACAAGAAACACAGAGAGUCGUCACCCCCAGAUGAAUAUGUGAAGAAACUGAGAACGCCCUCAGUUCAAAAUCUUUCUGUACAAGAUAGCAGAUCACUUACUCUGGGUUACAUAGUGACUCCACAUCCUGAGGGUGUUUACAGUUCUGCAACCCAGGGCAACUUCAUUCCCCUACAAACUCCCCAGCAGAUUCCUUCAGAGCAGAUCUUGUAUCACUGUACUGAAUGUGGCACCAAUUUCAGUGACCUGGAAAACAUGACAGCACACCGACAGAUUCACAAAGAAGAGAAACCCCAUCACUGUACUGAAUGUGGAAAAAGCUUCAGAUGGGUAGGUGGACUUAAAAUACACCAGCGUAUUCACACAGGAGAGAAACCCUACCUCUGUACUGAGUGUGGGAAGAGUUUUAAACACAAAUUCGGCCUUCAGUCACACCAGCUAAUUCACGCGGGAGAGAAACUGUUUCACUGCACUGUUUGCGGGAAGAGAUUCAGAGGGUCAGUGAACUUAAAAGUACACCAGCGAAUUCACACUGGAGAGAAACCUUAUGAAUGUCCUGUAUGUGGAAAGGGUUUCAGUCGGAGAGACCACCUUAGAAUACACCACAGAAUCCACACAGGAGAGAAACCCUUUGAGUGCACUGAGUGUGGGAAGAGAUUUAUAGAGUCAAAUAAACUAAAGAGACACCGUCGAGUUCACAGAGAUUUAGUUAGUUAGGAAAAAAAAUAGUUUACAGAAUGAAAGCACCUCAAUCACACCAGAGUACCAAAACAGACACACGUUUCCCUCUCUCAAUUUGAAUCGCAGGUAACUGUUAAAAUAUAAUUAUAAUAAAAUGUAAUUAAAAUGAAGAACAAUUCAUAGCCUGCAAUGUAUGCAAAUUAUUUUAGCCCUGUGAUCUACAACACCUAUAUAAUGUGAUUUGGGUGUUAAUAUACUGCAACACAUGGAAAGCAGAAGGAUGUUGGUGAUUACUCAAGGAGCAGGUGUAACCGGCUUAUUCCUCAGUGCAGCAACUGCAUUGGCCGACGUGCCUAUCAGCACAGUGCUGGGAGUUCAUGGAAUGGUGACAUAUUUGCAGAAAGCCAUCAGCGGGAAUCUAUAACUGCAGCAUACAAAUGUGUGUCAUGCAUUGUGAUAAGCAAGAGAGGUGAUACAGUGAUUCGAAUUUCAUGAGCUGCAACAAUGGACAGUUAUUGAGAUCAUAAUAACAUCACAAUGCAAGUUAACCAAUUGCUACACUUUCCUUGUUUUAUACUGAUAACAUAUUUCAAUCAAUAUUACAGUUUAUGGUCACAGUUAUAUCCUUAUAUUAUUGAAUUAAAGGGAGCCCUGAAUUACUGCCACAGCAACAUGUGUGCUACAGAAGAUUUGUAAAAGUCAAAUUGCGUUUGGCGCUGCUGUGCGUGUUUUUGGCAAGUCAAGAGUGACAGAUAGGCAGGUUUCGCAUGGUCAUGGUUUAAGAAACAGUGGGAGGUUCUAAUAUUUUGUCCACAGCAAUUUUUAAACUGUGAUGUCACAACAGUUUUAGGGAUAAGUCUGCGUGGAUUGUUAGUAUCGAAUUUACUGUGCAAAUCAUGAAGCUAGUGCUUAUGAUAACAAGUCUUAACUGUAUUACAAACGGAACAUCACCAACAAGGAAAGUAACUGUGGGUCAACUGCAAUGAACUGAAAGGAGCGUACUAACUGGGGAUGAUCCCGUGGUUAGUACAGAGGACAGUACUAAACAGUACGUAAGUUAAUACCAAUUGCAACGAACUAAGCAGCUCAAGAUAGUCCCCAGAUGCAUACUAAAAAAAAUGGUCUCAACUGCAAUUACAGUUAUUUCUACAAGGCAGGAGAGCUGUGUGUUGGAGAUACAAUUUGUCAGUACUUUGUUGCUUAACCAGCAGGAGAAGUUUCAUUGUUCUGGAUAAUGCGAUACCAAGAUCCGCCAGGAUGUGUCUCCAGAACCAACAAAGGAACCUCACCUGCAGAUAUAGCUCAACUUUUCUGUGGAUAGAGAAGUGAUACUUACCGGUGUGCUCUCCAACGUGUUCCUGUGGACGAAGGGAAAUAAAGUAGAGCACGGACUGAAAUAACAAAAAGAGGUCUAAACACUCCAUGGGGGGGCAGAACAUCUAACUGACCUCUGUUGUUUUCAGUGUGAAGAAUCUCAAGUGCUGGUUUUACUCAGCCAGUGAAGAACACCUGGACUGUCAAUAGUUGUGAAUAUGCGGACACUAUCUUUAGAAUUUGUGUUUGGAUCAGCCAAACACAAUGGUUCAGUCAGAGACUGGAAACGUGAGUCAGUGCUCCUUGUUUAAGUCUUUUGUUGGGGAAUAAAUAAAUACACCGUCUACUGGCUAAGCCAAAAUUAAGCUUGUCUGUCAUAUUUUAUACCACCAGUUUGGAAUCCAGCAAACAGUAGCAUUUGUUACACGAGGCAUU